AUGUUGAAUGACCCAGACAUACAGACAGCGUACCAAUCACUUAUGAGUAGAAUAUCAACCCUGAACUGGUUGCUGCUCAGUUACGGAAAGUCCUCGGAUGGGCUGAAACUUGUUGCCACAGGCUCACAAGGACUAGAUGAAUUGAAAGCGACCAUGCAGGACUGGGUGGAAAGCGUCUCAUUUGCGUUGCUUUAUCAUGCGAUCGGUCAGGACCACAAUUUCGUCUUGAUCUCCUACAUUCCAGAGGGAGCGUCUGGCCUUAGGCGAGCUCGAGCCUUGUUCACAUUCAGGAAUUUACGGUCCCUUUUCAAAGAGCAUCAAUCGGUCAUCACGAUCCGUCAUAUGAGCGACCUCACGGACGACUCGAUCCUUGCUGCCGUUGCAAAUAGGUCAAAAUCACCACAGCAGAGAAUCGAUGUCAUUGCUCGUUCAUCGUCUGAAUUCCGGAAUGUCGAGAAGACCCUCCCUCGUCCUCCAGACGAUCGCCUGCGACGAGCACGCUCAGAAGACAUUACGGGUGAUGGGCUUUCACACACACUGGCAGCGUUGGGCAUGUUAGAUGCACCGCCUGAGGACCGGACCGUUGUCACUCGAACGAGAGACUUCGGAGGGGCUCCAACCCCACCAACCAAGGUCUUUCAUCCGCCUUCCAGAGUGGUUGUUUCUCCAGAUCCUGCAGAAAGAGCCCGUCUCCGCGAAGAGGCCCGUCUCAAGCAGCAGCUCGAAGAAGAACAUAUAGAACGAGACGAGCGACUACGACAAGCGCGCCUCAGGUUGGCGAAAGAAGCUCUCCUGAGGCAGCAUGAAGAGGAUGAAGCCCAGAGAAAGCAGCUACUCCAGCGAGAUCUUGAACGACACGCAGCACUUCGAGCUCAGAAAGAAGAAAUGGAACGACUGGAGGAAGAAGCACGGGCAAAGGACCUGGAAGACAAGAAGAAAGCCGCCAGGGAGCGUAGGAUCGCACAGACCAGACGCGCAGAGGAACUACGACAACAAGAACAGACGAAGAGGGAACAGCAACUACAGCAGGAAAGCCAUACACGAAGGAGCCUUGAGGAUACUAAAGAAAUGCUGAGGCGACGAGGGCAACAGAUUCGGCGGGAGAGAAAAGGAGGGGGCCGCAUUUUGAAGGGCUGGGCGACUAUACAGUCGAGCGAUUCGUUGGAAUGGAGGCGCCGGUGGUUCGAGCUAACGGAAGACACGCUCAAUCUAUUUCGUAGUGAGGAUGUACGGUCACUACUUGCCUGUCGAUUUCAUGUUGUCUACGGUUCUCACGUAACAGUUUCACUUGCGCCACAGGAAAACAAUCGGCCUUUAGAGAGGAUCGAACUUCGGAGUCAAGUGGAAGGAGUGAAGGAAUGGUGGGAAGGAUUUGAGGAAUUGAAAGCGAUACCUCAUUCUUUCGCAAUUGUUUUGAAACAUGGUCGGGGCCACAUAGCUGUUUUCAUGGAUUUGGCGACAGACAAGGUCUGCCUCAUGGCCAGUGUUUCUGGUGUUAUUUAG